UCAAAGAGAUGCAGGCCUGGAACUAGCGCCUGAUCAUGCCAAGUGACAUGGAUCACGCAUUCGAAUGGCGGACAGAUUAGAGUGUCUGUGAUUCCGCCGAAGAAUUCGUGAGACUUCAUUCUGAAUGACUCUAAGAGAGUGUCACUCUCAAUUUCCAGAUGGUCAGCUGGGCGCAAAUUCAAUCACAGCUCCGUGAUCAGAGUAAUCCAGUUGUUUUCUUCGACAUCACGAUAGGAACUACCGAGGUUGGUCGAAUGAUCAUCGAAUUAUACGCAGAUGUGGUGCCGAAGACAGUCGAAAAUUUCAGACAGUUCUGCACCGGUGAAUACAGAAGAGACGGUGUACCGCAAGGCUACAAGGGAUGUGGAUUCCAUCGAGUUAUCAAGGACUUCAUGAUCCAGGGCGGCGACUUCGUCAAUAACGAUGGUACGGGAAUUAUGAGCAUUUACUCCGGUGUGAAAUUCGCCGAUGAAAACUUCACGCUAAAACACGAUUCAGCUGGUCUCUUGUCCAUGGCAAACAGCGGGAAGGACUCGAAUGGCUGUCAGUUCUUCAUAACGUGUGCGAAGUCUGAUUUCUUGGACGGCAAGCACGUAGUUUUCGGUCGAGUGAUCGAUGGUCUGCUCGUGAUGCGAAAAAUUGAGAACGUUCCAACUGGAGCCAACAACAAACCUAAAAUACCGGUUUUCAUCUCACAAUCCGGUCAGAUGUAAUGGCAUCCGGGUCGGACCCUCCAGCGGAGGCGGACUCAUCGAUCCUCGCCAAGAAAGACGGAUCGUCCGAUCCCCCUUGUAUUUUUGUCCAUAUCGAUACAAUACUGAUCUGUCAAAUAAAACCUGCGCGCGAUGAAAUGAAAAUCCCCACUCCAGAUCG